AUGAUUUCAAAAAAUAAUUUAAUCGAUUUUGCUGUUUUAAUGGUGGUUUCCGUCGAUUUGGGUUGGUCGUUUCUUGUGGAGGAAAGUUCUGCAGUGUGUCCUUUGUUACCUAACAACACUUGCCAUUGUAAGGAGGGCGAUAAUUUGGAGCUCGAUUUAGCAGGUGUUAGUGUAAGUACAGAGGUUAGGACAGUCAAUGAGUCUGUCGACUACUGGUUCACUCCUUGUGGAAAUUCACUUUUAGAGUCUAAUGAUGUGGCGAAGUUUCUACUGCUAACCAACAAAGCCUGUUACCAUGGUGAUGGUGGCAAAAGUAAAUCAGGGUACAUACUUCUCUAUGUCAUCCUCGGUGUCUUAGCAUUGCUUUUAAUCUGUGUAAGUGUUGUUUACGCUGCUGACAAACUUUACUUCGAGAAGAAAAGAAGAUUCGGAGAUGUACCUGGUUUCUCCGCCUAUGACAGUUUCUGCUUGUCAAUCAGGAACUGCUGCUGCUGCCACUGCAGAACCUCUGAGUAUGAGAGGAUCUAA